UAGGAACUGAGACAUGACUCUCAAAGGCUGCAUAAGAUCACAGCACCUAAAGUAAAGGCAGCAGUUAGUCGUUGUUACACAGCACAAGUUUGGUGGUGCCUUCAGGGACAGUUUAGCUUCAGUAUUACCUGAUUCUCUGUUUCCAUCUGGAUCAUUUCUUUUCCCAUUAUUUUUUAUUUCUCUGCAGACAUGAGCAACUCCAGCGUGGCCCCGUCCUCCUUUGAGUUCACUGUGUUCUCAGACCUUGGCUCCCUCAGAUAUCUCUUCUUCUGUCUGUGUCUGUUGCUCUUCAUGACCAUCAUCUCUGCUAAUGUCGUCAUCAUUCUGAGCGUCUGUCUGGAGAAGUCUCUGCAUCAGCCCAUGUACAUUUUCAUCUGCUGUCUGUCUCUAAACUCUGUGUACGGCUCCGUCGGCUUCUUCCCCAGGUUCCUGAUGGACCUGCUGUCUGACGCUCAUCUCAUCUCCCGUCCGUUCUGCUUCCUACAGAUUUAUGUUAUUCACACUUAUAAAGGCUAUGAGCUGAAUAUCCUUACUGUCAUGGCCUAUGACAGGCUGCUGGCUAUCUGUCAGCCUCUACACUACCACAGUAAGAUGUCAUUCAGGAUGAUACUGUAUCUGCUGCUUGUUGCUGUGUUGUACCCCGUGUGUAUGUUAGGCCACCUGUUCUAUCGGCUCAGUUAUUUGCCUUUAUGUGGCUAUAAACUGAGCAGGAUCUUUUGCACCAGCUGGUCUGUCAUGCAGCUCUCCUGUGAGGACACAUCUGAGCUCAGCCUUUCAGGCCAGUUUGUUGGGGCAGCGUUUAUCUUCCUGCCGCUGGUCUUUGUCCUCUACUCCUACCUUCGUAUUCUCCUGGUUUGCAGAAAAAGCUUGUCUGAGUUUAGAGGGAAGGCUCUGCAGACCUGUCUGCCCCACGUCAUCACAUUUCUAAACUUUUGCAUCUCUGUGUUUUGUGAAGUCUCACUGAGUCUUUAUAGGGUUGAUGAAGUGAAUACAUUUGUUAUUGUGGCUGUGUCUCUGGAGUUUCUGAUCAUUCCCCCCAUCAGUAAUCCUCUCGUUUAUGGCUUGAAUCUGCCUCAAAUCAGAGGAGUCAUUUCUGCAUUAAUGAAGAUGUACAAACCAAACUAGUGCCUACAUAAUUUAUAGCAAUCACAAGGAGAUA